AUGCGUACACUCUUACUAUUGGGCUUCCUCCUUUAUGACGUCUUUGCCUUUGCUUCGCGUAUAAAUAAUUACGAUUAUGAAGACGUCGAAGGAAAUAAAAGGCAUACGCUCGGCGAUGACAGGAGGAAUUGGAGAAAGAAAGCCUUACUGAAAACAUUAGACUCAGACCAUAAAGACUGGGACGAUAGGCGUAGAUUCGAACAAGACAAUAUGAGGUACACUGAAGACGACAAAGGUUACGGAGCAAUUGACAGACAGCGGGAAAUGGAUACUCCUUCAAGCGUAUUCCGAGGACAGAGGCGAUAUGACGAAUUAGAUAAAAUGAUCUCCGGGAUAAAUAAUGAUUUAAACCGCCCUUCAUCUCUCUUAGAAAAGGAUGUAGACAAGAAGAUAUCCAUGAACUGCGACCGGCUUCAUGAAAGAUACGAGCCCUGUUUCGCUGGGUGUGCAUCAGUCACCUGCGAUAAUCCCCAUGACCGGCUGCGACCAUGCUAUCCCUUUUGUGAGCCCGGCUGCAUAUGUGUGCAUCCGUACGUCCGUGACGACCGCACGCACAAAUGUGUCCUACCGGAAGAUUGCACGAAGGGUCUCAAAGGCAUUCCGGACUUGGGAGAUGACUUU